CUGCUUCCCAUCGCCAUUGCUGCCCUCUUCUCUUCUUCCUCCCUCCCCCCCUAACUCCUCUGUUCUUCUCACAAUUUUCCUUGUGAAUUUCCUGCCGGUUUCCGGCGCCUUUUAUUUGCUCCUUGCAUCGAGACGUAGACCAAGAGGGAGGUGAGUAAUUGGCGAGCGGUGCGAGAACGAAGACGAGACGACGGCUGCGGCGGCCGGAGGCCAUUUUUGAUGCGUGGCGCCGUUGAGGUCCACGCGAUUGGCAGAGACGUCGCGUCCGCGAGCCCUCUGAGACUCAGAGACCCUCCGGCAUUGGACAUGAUGAGGUACCAAAGGCUAAGCCCGGACUGCCUCCCGCUCGGCAACGGAGGCGGCGGCGGAGGCGCCGUUCCACGGAAGUCGGCGUCGAGAUCCUCCUUCAAGGACGACGACGUCCCGGCCGUGGCAACGGACGGCUCCCGCCUCGCCUCGUACCUCGCUGCCACACCGCACGAGUCCAAGCCGCUUCGCGCCCGCGCGCCGCAGCCGCCGCCUUUAUCAACGUCGGCGGCCGGCCGGAGCCCGGCGCGCGACCACGCGCACCACCACAACUCCGACUCCUCCGACACCACCUCGCCGACCUCCACCGGCGGCGGCGGCGGCGGCGCCGUCGUCGGCGACGUGCUGCUGCAGUGGGGGCACAACAAGCGGUCCCGCUGCCGGCGGGACUCGGCCGCCGCCGCGCCGUCCGCGCAGCGCCGGCAGGCCGGCGUCGGCGGCGGCGUCAAGAUCCAGCGGCGUUCGUCGGCGCCGGCGGCGGAGAAGCUCAUGCCGCCGCCGCCCGCAGCCGGCUCCUACACGCGCGGGUCCAACCUGCGGGCAGCGUCCUCCUUCCCGUCCCGCGCGUCGGCCUCCACCGCCGCCGCCGGAGACGCCCGCCACGGCAGCCACCACCCGCCCCACCACCACAGGUCCGUCGAGGAGCGAUCGGGCGGCGGGCAGAAGCGGUCGUUGCCGGACAAGGCGCACAAGUCCGCCAUGGACGCCAUCCUGCACAUGGAGUCCAAGAACAGCCAUCACCACCACCACGACUCGCCGUUGACUGCCAACGGCGCGGUCGCCGCCGGCGAGAAAUUGGGCGCGGAGCGGUUCGAGCUGCCGCGGAUCUACAUCUCGCUGUCGCGCAAGGAGAAGGAGGACGACUUCCUGGCCAUGAAGGGCACCAAGCUGCCCCAGCGGCCCAAGAAGAGGGCCAAGAACGUGGACAAGACCCUCCAAUUUGUCUUCCCGGGGAUGUGGCUGUCAGAUUUGACGAAAGGCCGGUAUGAGGUGCGGGAGAAGAAAUGCGUGAAGAAGAAGCGAAGAGGGCUGAAAGGGAUGGAGAGCAUGGACAGCGACUCCGAGUGACUGCGAGGCGGUCAAGUGAGACAGCAAAAAGGGGGCAAUAAGAUGGAGACGCAGCCAGCCACGGGUGGAAGCUGGAGGAGGAGAAAGAUCACCGGUAGCUUAGGCAACGGGAGAGAGGCCACGGGAGAGAGGGGGAGGCUUGGUGUUGAGGGUGUAGAAAGAAAUGGGAGAGAAGAUGGGAGGAGACGCUGAGGGCAAAGGGUCGUCGCCGCCGCUCACCUUGAGCCGCUGCUGCCGUCGCCCUGGGAAGCGUCUGGGGAGUGAGUGAGGAAGGUGGUGCUAUACCGGCUGUAUUUUUGGUGGUGAAAGGAGGCGGCUGUCAGGUUUCGUCUUGAGCUUCCAUUUUUUUUUUCUCAACGCGGCCGCGAUGGCAAUUCUGCUGUGAGAUCUGAGCUGCUGUGGGCGGUUUUGUUUGCAAACGUUACACUGAUGCUUGUGCAUAGUUUUUUUUUGAACGAA